CGUGCUGACGCAACAAUCAUUUUAAUCAAUAGAUUGCUCUAUGAUGUUAGUGGUGAUGGAUUCUGUGUCUUGUUCACUCUUCAGAGAUGCACAUUGUAAUGUUUCUAUCAAAAACUAGCUGAUCUUAAAGGAUAUAUUCUGAUUUUGUAAUAUCAAGCUGCGCGACUGCCUGCCGUCAGAGCUAUAUACUCAUCCCACGCAGAUGUUACAUUUUACCAUGAUAGAUCGUCGCCGUCAUCAUUCUGUGAUAUUUUAGUUUGACAGUGUAACACUUCAGCUAAGCCAGUUACCACGUAACUUGUGUCAACUAACUGAUUCUGCGAGUAGGUAUGCUUACAAAAACAUAAGAUAUUGGACUCGGAUUAAGUCGAUGGAGAGGAUGAAGUGUACAUACAUUUUCUAAUUCUCCUGUCGUGUUCAGUGCUACCCGACAUCCGUUAAUAUCAUCUGGUUUAGGAGCAGCGCCUUCUUGACAGACUGCUCAUCACUCAGCGAUCUAGCGGUAUAAUACAAGUGGAGGUAUGGAGUAAUCUCCGCUUGGCGAGACUGUACAGAGGAUAACAGGAAGAUACUGUGGUGGAUUAUACUGGCAGCGAAGUAUCUUCGCUGAACUACCAUGUAUGGACUACUAUUCGAGGGUAUGCAGUUCUACGUCAAGAAGGAAUAUGGCGACGACGCCUGGGAAGCAGUCCUACGAAAAGCCGACCUCUCUACUCAUACGUUUUCCUCACAUAAAACAUACAACGAGAAUCUCCUUCCGAAGAUCGCCGAGGCGGCGGUUGAGGUACUUGAAGUUACCAAAGACGAGUUCAUGUUUCAGAUAGGGAAAUGCUUCGUAGCCUUUGUAGGCCAAUAUGGCUACGAUGGAAUACUCAAGGUCCUCGGCCGUCACUUGAGGGACUUUCUAAACGGGUUGGAUAAUCUUCACGAGUACCUACGCUUCAGCUAUCCCAAAUUGAAACCGCCAUCUUUCUUCUGCGUUAAUGAAUCAAAAACUGGUUUGACACUUCACUAUCGUAGCAAACGCAAGGGGUACCUUACAUAUGUCACCGGGCAGAUUAUGCAGGUGGCCAAGCAAUUCUACAACACGGACUUACGCAUAGAAAUAGUCAAUGAAGAAGUUGAGAAGAACUUAACUAACGCGAUUCUGAGAUUACAUUUUGAUAACAGAGCGUAUAGGAAGUCUGAAUCUCGAUUCGAUUUUACCGUUAUAGACUCUCUACCUGUACCUAGCGAAGUCUUCUUUGAGGUAUUUCCGUUCAAUAUUGUGUUUAACCGAGGCAUGAAGGUGCGCAACAUCGGUGAUGGGGUACAGGCUGUGAUGCCUAACCUACUCGGCGCACACAUUACCAGUGUCUUCAGGCUGACAAAACCCUUGGUGGAGUUCACCUGGGAAAGUGUAAUGAUGCACACAAACAAUAUAUUCGAGAUGACAAGCCAUUCACCCGUUGGACGUCUUUCCAAGGCUGCACCAAAAUAUCUGGAUGUCCCAGCUCCUGAGAUUAAUGUUACGCAAGGCGCCAUAACAAAUGGAGAAUCAGGUGACAUUGAAGAAAUGGGGGAAAAUGAUGAUGAUUUUGCCCAAAGACAAAUUUCCGAGGCGGAGGAGGUGUUGAUUGGCCGAUGCCUGAGGCUGAAGGGGCAGAUGAUGUACAUGAACGAUUGGGAUUCUAUCAUUUUCCUCGGAACGCCUGUCAUGAAUGACAUAUCUGCCAUGUUCAAUGCUGGUCUGUAUAUCAAUGACCUGAGUAUGCACGAUUCAAGUCGGGACCUUAUUCUUGCUGGUACACAACAGUCAGCUGAACUGAAGCUAGCCUUAGACCAGGAGCAACAAAAGAGUAAGAAGCUUGAGGAUAGCAUGAAGAAACUCGACAUGGAGAUGAAAAGGACCGACCAGCUCUUGUACCAAAUGAUACCCAAGUCUGUAGCAGAUAGGCUCAGGUCCGGCGAGGCAGCAAUGAACACGUGUGAGACAUUCGAAUCGGUGACAGUUUUGUUCAGUGAUGUAGUGGGCUUUACCAGUAUAUGCAGCAAGAUCUCGCCCCUAGAGGUCGUUACUAUGCUCAAUGCCAUGUAUACCAAAUUCGACCAACUCAGUGAAGUUCACAAAGUGUACAAGGUUGAAACAAUCGGCGACGCAUACAUGGUUGUAUCAGGAGCGCCGACAGUAACACGUUUCCAUGCUCAAUAUAUCUGUGAUAUGGCGUUAGAUAUGGUGCUGGAGAUGACAUCACUCGCUGAUCCAUCGACAGGCGAUCAUCUCAGCAUACGAGUGGGGGCACAUUCCGGCAUGGUCGUAGCUGGUGUGGUAGGGCUGAAGAUGCCACGGUAUUGUUUGUUUGGUGACACGGUCAACACUGCUUCACGGAUGGAGUCAAACAGUGCGGCUCAGAAGAUCCACAUCAGUGAAACAGUUAAGCUCCGUCUAGAGGGCUUCCCAUAUAUGGUUAAAGAACGAGGUACAACGGAAGUCAAGGGUAAAGGAACAAUGAAAACGUACUGGUUAGAACGGCGCCUGGAGACCGAACCAGACGACCGUAACACCAUGCUCAUGCAGGCGGAUAAGUUGAGGAUGGACAAAAACACAUCGGCGAGCCAAUCAAACAUAAAUGCGGCACACGACACGUUCGACAGACGAUCUCUCUACUCGCCAGUCGUGAGUUCUGAUGUGUCACGACCAGGCUCAUCCACGAAUGUCUCCCUGGCGGCAAACCAUGAGUUCCAACCAAAAUCACAAACAAAACAGACAGAGCAGGCAUUGCAAACACUGACAAGGACUGACGCCAAAAACAAGAAAUCAUACAAGCGCUGGAAGAGACCUCUCAUUAAAAAGCAGGUGGCCCUGUCUCUCGGCUUUAAAGCUGAUUUGUUGGGGAAGAAGAGCCAGCCUUGGUUUCAUUGAAGUGAAUCAGGAUAAGGAUUCCGACAAGACAUCCGAUUAAAGGCCGUCUAGAUCCAAUACUUAAAUGAAACGAUGUCGCGAUUUGUUUUCAUGUAAAUCCUUUCCUGCCAGGAAAUGUUAUUUUGGCAUAUUUCGUUGAGAACAAGAUUCAGAACCUAAAACCAUCACCGAUAUGAUACUGAGGUCGAACUAAAAAGUCUAAAGUCCAUGUAAAACGAAAUUAACCGCGCAGAACUUGACAUCAGAUGGCAUGAGGUCUCUUGCGCACUUGGGGCGAGGUAUGAUCGUUAUUGUAGUGUUGUCGUAGCCGUUUCUGUAACGUCCUUGUACAUCCAGUCUCACCAUCUGUUGAUUCUAUUCUUUAUCAAACGCUUGGGAAAAUUUCCUUCGUCAAAAAUAUGUCAACUCUGUCGUGGCGCAUGUUCUCUCUACCACAUCUUAUACAAAGUUGUUGGGGAGUUGAUUGUAGGCUAAAUGCGUCAGGAUCAUGUACGACCUUCCCUUUCCCCGAGCUCGACUAUCUGUCCAACAUUAUGCACGUCAUUCAAAAUGUCUGAUCCAUGUUUUCCUUCGCUUUGCAGCCUCCGUCGUGAAAGUCUCGUCCUGCUGUCGUCACAUUCCCUAGCUGGUGUGCGUAGAGACUCCUGGCACUAUCCAUUAGAGGCACACCGCUGUAGCGGUAUUUCUGGUUUCAGCCAAUUUUUUGCCUGACCGCAACAUUCUCUCUCCCUGCACUUUGUCCGAGGCAAUAGUUCUAUGAAACAACACUGAAUUCAGCUGCAGUGGAUGCGGUGGAGUUAAGUCAUGAGUGUGUCGUCCGGUCCUCUUGAUCAAGCGGUCCGCUUCUAAACGACCAUGUGGGAAUUGGAGGCAUUUGUUUUCGAACUGUUAAUGCCGAAAGAGGAAGCUUUGGUAUAUAAUAUUUUGCUGUCUCUUUCUGCAUUUUUGAUCCUCUAGCUGUAAUGUGGGGAAGGGGUGGGGCGUACACUGAUGAACUAAACUUCGACACAAUUACUUUUAGGAGCAAUUGCACAUUUAUGUUAACGCCAAAUCACUUCUCAUUUCAAGGAGGUGGCAGGGAAGCGUUUUAAAGACCUAGACUCUAAAGGGCACUGCUUUGUAUAUUGUAAAGUCAGCUUCAUUGUACUCUGCACUAUCUUCUGUUGUACAUGUAUCUACGUUUAGUUAAUGCAGUUGUCCAUGUAAAUCAUGUUCCCCAAAGUCAGGGAUUUCCACUAUCCUGAAUAUAGUGGCGAAUUAAUGAGUUCUGAGCGAACACGAAUUUUUUGCCCAUCAACUUUCUGUCGAGAUCAGAAAAAUAUGUUGUGUCGAAUACCUCUGGACCUGUUCAUCAUCUUUUAAUAGAACGUUACAGAUGAUCCGUGUGGAAAGAAAUAUGGAAUAUGUGAAGGACCUGCUGCAAUUUCAUUUCAAGUCCUGAGUGAAUUGGUGUCGAAUCUGGGCCGUAGAAAAAAACCUCAAGUGUCAACAAAGUGUCGGUCACCUGACCAGGUGGUAUGCAGGUUUAGAUACAUAUUGAUUGGGGCCAUGUCAUACCUCGAGCAGUCCGUCUCAAGAUAAGUGCUGAACAACAUUCCAUAUAUUUCACACCAUACACGAGUUUGACAAAAUCACUGAACACAGAUCUGCUGUUAUACAAUAACUGGUUUCGUAUCGAUAUAACGUUUUCCAAGAUGUAAGAUUUUAAAUUCGACAACGGAAUAGACGUACAAUUUAAAACAGCAGAGUUCUUUAGAAGGUCGCCUUAAGGAGCCCUGAAAUAUUGUAUACUACCUUGUCAUUCUUCAAUGUGUUUUCGACAGAAAGACUCUGUCCUGUUCAUGUUUAUGUUUAAGUUUAUGUUUGAAAGUUAUGGAAGUGUCAUAAGUUGUAUAACUCUAGUUACAUGUAACCCACAUCCUUUUCCUAAAAGCACUCUUUAUUAUACUUACUGCCAACGCAUGUGUUACCGGUCUGAUAUGAGACGCCAAGCCAGAUGACUACAAGCUCAGUGUAAUUACUGUCUGGACAACUAUCGAUCGCAUAUUCGGAAAAAUUAUUCUCACAAAAACUAUCAAUUUCAUUGCAAACAUUACAUUUUAUUUGUAACAAAGGUAGUUUCAAGAUUUAAUCAAACAUUACAAAAUAUCUUCCAGGUUGUAAAGCUUGCUAUUUUUCCUUAGAAAUAUUCUAAUCAAUUAUAGAUGUCCUUAUCCAUUUCAAGAUAUAAGGGGCGUCACUGUGUCUGCUCAACGUCGAAAUAGGCAACAGCAAUAGCCUAGGCAAAUUAACAGGCGAUAAAGGGUGGGUAUACCGAAAAUCAUGCCCUAACUCGGCAGGCAAACAGUGGGAAGCUUUUCCACCCUUCUCAGACCGCCACCUUCUGUUAUAUGUUCACCGUGUUUUGUACCUGCUGGGUGUAAUCAAUUACUCGACUUUAUUACAGUAACUUGUUGAAAUGUGUAUCCCAGGCCGGUACAGGAUAUCACCAGCACUAGACAUCUUCUGAUCUGUUAUUUAAAGGUAUGUUUACUGUAUCAGUAUGCUGAUAGAAUGUUAGGGCCUAAAUCAAAAGUAAGCUGACGUCAGAUUCAGAAAAAUGACGCUAUUCUGUCUUUACCAACUGGUUUGCACCUAUAAACUGAUGUCAUAUGGCCUAAAUCAUUUGUUAAUAGCUGAAAACAUGUUAUGUUAUAUCAUGUUUAUAACACAGCCAAAGUCAUUUGUUCCUGGCUGAAAACAGAUAUUAGGUUGCCUAAAUCAUUUGUUCAAAGCAGAGAUCAUUUGUUCUUGGCUAUAAAGGCCUUCAUUGUUAAUAGCAAAAAGUGUUUGAUUUGACACUAUAUUGAUAUUUAUAAGAGUAUCAUUAAAAUAAU